CGUUCGGUUUCAACAGCUGAUUGGACUUUGCGUCGCAUGAAGCUUACAAACACUUCUGCUUUUAGCUGUGUUUUGUCUUAAUUGAAACCCACCAUCAUCCAAUGGGGUCUGCUGCAUUCUCACAACGUCUCGAGUGCUGGUUUACAACAGGUGUUUGUAAAGUUAGAACGUGUCUAAUUGUUACGUGCCUCUAUUUGGCAAGUGCAAUGAUUUAGGGUGUUAAAAAGCAAAAAAAAAAAAAAGAGUCUUUGGACUUAAAGUUCAAACUGGUGUUGUGUCACUUUGAGUCUUCUGUUCGCUUAGAUGUCGGUAAAAUAAUGUAUUUGCACGCAUAGGCUUGUUUUUGGCACUCCUGACAGUUUUGUUUGUGUUAUUGACAAUUUUUGACAAGCCUGGCUUGUCACGAUGCGGAAAUUAACCACUUCAGGAUCAUCACAAGGAAAGGGAGAGUUCGAAACAACAAAGAAAACUCAUAUUUGCAUCAGAGGAGCGCGGGACAGAAUGUGAGGCCGUGACGCGUUGCGACUUGUAAGGCAACUUAAGCUUUUGUCUCGCGUGCCCCCAACCGUGGGAAGUAUUUUAUUUCAGAGAUGUUUUAGCUCAAAAGCAAAGAACCUGGAGGCUGAUGUUAUCUUAGUCAGUCAGAGCUCUUUGGGAAUACGUUUCAUGGCUCCACAUCCGAGCAACAGAAUGUGUGAGCCCAGUCCACCUACUGUACAUCCCCACGCCAAGGGCAAUGUGACCAUGAUGGGUGUUGGUAUCAAGCUUGAAGACGACGAAUCGGGAGGAAGAGUCGUCCGCCGAGAAUCCCAGCAGUCCUCUCCAGUCAGUGAUUGGUCAGGUCGGCAGCUGUCCGACAGAGACGACUCUGAGAAGUCAGCGCCCCCUAAUGCACAAUCGCCUUUGGCGAGCUCUCCCAGUAAAGACCCAGUGCGAUCAUACACACCUGCCAGUCAAGAUGGAGGCAGUAGAGCUCAUGAUAAGAAUGACAGCAAGCCUAAUGUCAGUGAGGUGAUGCCUACUAUUGAAAAACUUCUCAAUACGGACUGGAAAGAAAAGUUCCUUGGGAAGGGUCUUCAUGGCAGUGUUAACCUAAAAGGAACCCCAGAGAGUCUGGCAGAGAAGGAGCUUCAGUUGUUGUUGAUGAUAAACCAGCUCUCUGGUCUGCGAGAGCAGCUGCUAGGAGCUCAUUCUGAGCAGAGGAACAUGGCCGCUCUGCUGCUGGAGAAACAGCAGCAACAGAUGGAGCUGGCAAGGCAGCAGCAAGAACAGAUUGCCAAACAGCAGCAACAGUUGAUACAGCAGCAACAUAAAAUCAACUUACUGCAGCAGCAAAUUCAGCAGGUAAACAUGCCAUAUGUUAUGAUCCCUGCCUUUCAUCCCAAUGCCCAACCGAUGCCAGUCACCUCUGAAGCCCAGAUGGGUUUGCCUCUGCAGCCCAUUCCCUGCAAACCAGUGGAGUAUCCUAUGCCGUUGCUGCCUAAUCCACACUCCGCCCAAGUCAAAAGGUCCAGUAGCACAGUCUUUCGCCAGGAUACCUGUCAACCCCUCAACCUCACGGCUAAACCCAAGACCCCAAGUCCACAGGCACUGGAAAUGGCCCACUUGCAGACAGGGUACCGACCCAGAGAUCUGUCGCAUAGCCCUCCUCGAUCUGCCCUCAGCCUGAGCUUCUUGGGAGAGGGUGAUGUUGUGACACAAGCCAUUCAUGAUGCCCAGCAGCUGUUGCGUGGAGGACAAGGCCCGACAGGCCGAGAGAGGGACCGUGAGAGGGACAACAACACAAGGCUGAUUUAUUAUAAGGAGGCGUCUCGAGACCGGAUGGAUGAUGGACAGUCCCUGCGGACGAAUGAGGACCACCUCAGCAGUGACUCUGAGGGGCAGAUGGCAAUAUCUGGUGUGGGUAACUUUGGUGAAUCCCGGACUCCCUCCUCUGGCCACAUCAAACGUCCCAUGAACGCCUUCAUGGUGUGGGCCAAAGAUGAAAGACGACGUAUCCUGCAGGCAUACCCUGACAUGCACAACUCCAGUAUCAGCAAGAUCCUCGGUUCCCGGUGGAAGUCCAUGUCCAAUCAGGAGAAGCAGCCGUACUAUGAAGAGCAGGCCAGACUGAGUCGGCAGCAUCUGGAACGUUACCCAGACUACAAAUACAAACCCCGGCCGAAGCGGACCUGUAUCGUGGAGGGUAGACGACUGCGGGUCGGAGAGUACAAAGCCAUGAUGAAGAGUCGACGACAGGAGCAACGAGUUUCUUACCCUCCAAGCCAAUCAGAGCAGCAGCUACCGUACCCCUCCAGCGAAGGACAGUACCCGACCACACCGGUGUCAAGGGCCCCAUUGCCUUUGCACCCUGCCCUCCUGGAGCACUACCUUCCCCGGGGUCUGGAGCCCCCAAAAGGCCAAGGGAGCGAGAUGCGGGAGGCCGUGAGGCCCAGACAGCCCUACAGCGAAGGGGAGGAGAGUGACGCGGGUGAACGCAGUGAGGGAGAGCUGGUCGUCCUCACUGACUGAGACCGAAAAAGGAAAUAAUCAGAGGACAGAGAGGGUGGAAAAUGCGAUGAAUGAGAUGGAGAAAAUGAAUGGGAGUUUUUGCAAUCCCUCCCUACAACAUGAUGGUGUCCAAUAUAUGGUAUAGGUCAGUGUUUUUCUGUCCAGUUGUGAGGAGGUCCUGGUUUCAAACCCGCCAGAUCAGUCACAUGGUUCUCUAAGGUUGUUUAGGAAGGCAGCAAGCAUGAUAAACAAAGCACAGAUCUUCAUUCAGUUUUCUGAUUUUUCCAGUGGUUUAGGCCAGACAUCCAGGAUAGGUCUUACAUACUGACCACAGUCUGGAAAAAGCAAGACUUUUUCAAUCUACGCUAUUCAUCAUGAGACUGCACAUCUCGAGUCUUUGGAAGGCAUUGUGAAGCUGGUGUUCAAAAAUAGUUUUUCAGAUCAUCAAAUAUCACUGGAUUUAUUUCGAAUCGGCUUCUUUAUAAGGGGUACAGAUAAGUGUAAACAGUUCACACAAAAAAAUGAAAGAUAUUAUGGUCCGUAAACUAAAAUAUAUAUAUAUAUUUUUUUUUGAUGAACUAUUUCUUUAAAUGGUCAAAGCGUGAUGAGCUAUGAAUCAUUUUGCCAUAGAAAAAAAAAAAAAAAACCCUCUCUGUGUUAUAAUGCUUCUUGAUGUCACCAGGGUUUUCCUGCAAAAGUUCCUGUUAAGACUGUGCCAAGGUACUUUCCAGAGCUCAAGGGCUUGAGCAAAAAAAGAAAAGAAAAAGAAAACAAGUAGACUUGGAAAAAGGAAGGAACAUUCCUGAACUCCUUGUCCAGUUUAUAAUACAGCUAUAACGACGAUUGGAGACUGUUCUGUUAGGGAUUAAAGCAGCCUGCCCCUUUAAGACUCGCUAAGAGCAGCGAAGGUUGGUGGCGGCCUCUGCUGUUUGAAUCUGGUACUGCACUUAAAAUAUAUAAAAAAAAAAAAAAUCAUAUUUUUGUUUCUUUUGUGCAUUUAGUGCAGCAUAAUCACUUGAAAUGCACUUUCCCCGAGUAAUAUAUUUUUUCAGACCCUCAUGAUUCAUAAUAUAACUUUUUUCGUUCAGAGUAGAAUUUUGCACUUGUACAUAUGCAAAUCAUUUCUACUAUUCAUUUUGUGAAAGGAGAUGUGAAUAAUGUCCUUCCCUCAGAUUAUUCCCAGUUUUUAAAUUGUGGUUUACUUUUCUAUUUGUGUGUGUGUGUGUAGAGUGAUUUUGAGCUGAAGAAAAUAACAGA